AUGGCUUACGAAGUUCCUUUCAAACUUAAUCGCCCUGAUUUGCUCGAGACCAAGGCCUACAUCGGAGGCCAGUUCGUGUCUGCGCAAUCUGGCUCUACGUUCGAUGUCGUUGAUCCCGGUACGGACAAGCCGUGGGCUCAGGUCUCCGACAACGCCGUAGACGAUGUCGCCGCUGCCGUGCAGUCGGCCCAUGAUGCUUUCUUGAAAUACCGGACCAUCUCGCCUCGUAUCCGCGCUCAGUGGCUCUACAAGUGGGAUGCUCUCAUCAAAGAGCACAAGGAAGACAUUGCCACAAUCCUCGUCUACGAGACAGGAAAGCCAUUCGUUGAAGCAAUUGGCGAGCUUGACUACUCCCUGUCCUUUACCUGGUGGUUCGCUGGCGAAGCAGAGCGCAUCCAGGGCACCGUCUUCACUCCUUCUCUCCCCGGUCGGCGUGUUUUGACGAUCAAGCAACCUCUGGGCGUCGCUGCUGCUCUCGUGCCAUGGAAUUUCCCCAUUGCCAUGGUCCUGCGCAAAGCUGGCGCGGCGCUGGCUGCCGGCUGUACCAUGAUCGUGAAGCCGUCGCCUGAGACUCCCAUGUCCGCCUUAGCCGUAGCCAAGCUGGCAACAGAGGCAGGCUUUCCUCCCGGCGUGCUGAACAUAUUGCCGACCAGCCUCGCGAACACGCCCUCUCUGAGCGAAGCCCUUUGCCGGCACCCCCUCGUCAAGAAAAUCUCCUUCACCGGCUCCACCCGCGUCGGCAAGCUCAUCGCCUCGCACUGCAGCAGCACCCUCAAAAAGCUAACGCUCGAGCUCGGCGGCAACUGCCCGGCGCUGAUCUUCGACGACGUCGACCUCGACCAGGCCAUGGCGCAGCUGGUCGGCCUCAAGUGGCGGCACGCGGGCCAGGCCUGCGUCACGGUCAACCGCUUCCUCGUGCAGGCCGGCGUGUACGAGCGCUUCGUCGCGCGCUUCGCCGCUGAAACCGCCAAGCACAUCGUCGUCGGCCACGGCGCCCGUCCGGGCUCCACCAUGGGCCCCGUCACCACGCCGCGCGGCGUCGAACGCGCUGAGCAGGUCGUUGCGGAUGCCCUGGCGAAGGGCGCGCGGUUGGUGUGCGGUGGGAAGAGGGCGACUGGUCUCGAGGCCGGGUGCGAGAAGGGGUAUUUCUUCGAGCCGACGAUCCUGGCGGAUAUGCCGAAGGAUGCGUUGGUGAGCUGUGAGGAGGUUUUUGCGCCUAUUGCGGCGUUUUAUAAGUUUGAGACCGAGGAGGAGGCGGUGCGCUUGGCGAAUGAUACGCCUAUGGGUCUGGCUAGCUAUGCGUUUACGAAGGAUGUCGAUAGGAUGUGGAGGCUGUUUGAGAAUUUGGAGGCCGGCAUGAUUGGGUUGAAUACUGGCAAUUCUUCGGCGGCGGAGUCUCCGUUUGGCGGCAUGAAGGACUCUGGGUACGGAAAGGAGUCGGGCAAGGAUGUCGCUGUGAAUGAGUACUUGGUUACGAAGACUGGCACUCUUACCCUUGAGGGUGUGUAA